AUGCAGGCCGGAGAGUCCCUCCCCGGCACUUCCAGGGCCGGGGGGCUGCCCCCGCUCGCAGGUGGUUCCAGGAAGCCGAGCAAGCCCCUGGAUGAGACACUGCCUGCGGCAAGUGUGGCCCUGGCCUACCCGGAUGCCCUCCCUGCCAAGAGGGUGGGAGGGCAUGCCUGGAAGGUCUGGCUCGUGUGUGGCGACUGUUUCCUCAUAGUACUGGUCCACCUGUCCAAGGACGCCGACGGCUCCUACGGAUUCAACCCCAUUGCCGUGAACCUGCUGGUGGAGGUGGUGAAGACCCUCUUUGCGCUGGGCACCCUCAUCGCAUACGGCACCGGGCGCCCAGGGAUUCCCCUGACGCACAGCCUGGAAUCUUUCGCGCGCGACGCGUCGCACAACCGCCUGCUGGCGGUGCCGGCGCUGCUGUACGCGGUGAACAACUACCUGAAGUUUGUCAUGCAGCUCUACUUCAAGCCCACCACGGCAAAAAUGCUGGGCAACUCCAAGAUCCUGGUGAUCGCAGUGCUGAUGCGCAGCGUGCUGCGUCGCUCCUUCACCACCUUCCAGUGGGAGGCGCUGUUCCUGCUGGUCGCCGGCAUCACCGUGAACCAGCUCAACUACUGCGCGGGUCAGGGGGUGGGGGGCAUGGACGCCGUGACCCCGGCGGCCGUGGCCUUCACACUGUCCUCCAUCACCAUCCCCUCCCUGGCCUCCGUCUACAACGAGGCGGCGCUGAAGAGGCACAUGGACACCUCCGUCCUGCUCCAGAACUUCUUCCUGUACUUUUACGGCGCCUGCUUCAACGCCGUCGGCCUGCUGGCGGUGGCGGGGGCGCAGGGCUCCGGCAUCGGCCACCUCUUCCACGGCUUUGGCACGGUGACCCUCCUGCUGGUGGUUAACAACGCGCUUCAGGGCAUCCUGUCCUCCUUCUUCUUCAAGUUUGCUGACACGAUCCUGAAGAAGUACAGCAGCACCAUUGCCACCAUUUUCACGGGGAUCAUGAGCGCGGCCCUGUUCGGGCAUGCCCUCACCCUCAACUUUUGCCUGGGCGUGUCCAUCGUGUCGCCCAGCAUGGACCAUCUGGCACUGCGUGGACCGGAGGGGAAGGCGGUGGACCUGGUGACUGCGGCCGAGAGCGGAAUGCACGGUCGCAGAAUAUCGCAGGCGGAGCCAUUGCUUCCGCGAUAA